AUGUCUGACAACUAUGGCCAAUAUCAGCAAACGAUAUACGCGAAUUCCAUGUACGGUUCUAGCCGGCCGGUGGUUACGACAGAUCCCCGGAAGCUUGAGGAGCAAGCACGUCAAAUGAUGGAUGCGCGCGCGUUCAAUUACAUCGCUGGCGGUGCUGGCGAGAAGUCCACCAUGGACAGUAAUCGUCUUGCUUUUCGCCAAUGGAAACUAAUACCAAAGAUGUUAAGGAUAUCUGAAGUCGAUACUUCCGUUGAGCUAUUCGGGCAAAAGUAUCCUCAUCCUUUGUUGAUGGCGCCCAUUGGAGUCCAAUCUCUUGCGCACGCCGACAAAGAGACAGGACUUGCCGAAGCAUGUUCCGAAGUCGACGUUCCGUAUAUCCUGAGCACGGCAUCAGGCUCUUCAUUUGAAAGCGUAGCGACCAGCAGUGGAAGCGGUAAGAGAUGGUAUCAGCUGUACUGGCCUCGCGACAACGAUAUCACACUGUCUCUAUUAAAAAGAGCAAAGGAAAAUGGAUUUGAAGCCCUCGUGGUCACCCUGGAUACCUGGUCCUUGGCUUGGCGGCCUGCAGAUCUUGACAAUGGAUAUCUACCCUUCCUUGCCGGGGUUGGAACGGAAUUUGGCCUUACAGAUCCCGUAUUCCGUGCCAAGUUUGAGAAAGAGACUGGCACGAAAGCUGAAGAAAACAUCGCGGAGUCUUCUAGAGAGUGGGUGCAGAGUAUUUUUGGGACCAAUCACACCUGGGAAGAUGUCGCUUUUCUGCGAAAGAACUGGGACGGCCCCCUUAUAUUGAAGGGCAUCCAGCAUGUAGAGGACGCCAGAAAUGCGCUGAAAUAUGGAUGCGACGGAAUUGUUGUAUCUAACCACGGUGGCCGGCAACUAGAUGGAGCGAUUGGCUCACUCGAAGUUCUUCCGGAGAUUGUCGACGCAGUUGGAAAAGACCUGACUGUCCUAUUUGACUCGGGCAUCCGGACAGGGUCGGAUAUCAUCAAAGCCCUUGCUCUAGGUGCCAAGGCUGUAUUUGUUGGCAGGCCAGCGAUAUACGGCUACGCAAUCAACGGCAAAGAGGGUGCCAAAGCCGUGUUUCAAGGCUUGCUUGCAGAUUUUCACCUAAGCAUGUUGAUUGCUGGUAUUGCAUCUAUUGGCGAAUGCCGCCGGGACGCCAUCAGGCGAAUCCAAUACGGCGGCGACUUAAAAGCUUUGUUGUAA